AGCAUUGUUGCGCGGCUAGGGUUUCUGGUUCUAACUUCUAAAAGCCGUGCCGUCUGCUAUAAAAUACAAAUAGAAGAGAAAUAGAUCAUCAUAAGCUACGAAAGGGUUUCUGGCUAGUGAGAGAGAGAUAGAGAGAGAGAGAGAUUGAUAAGAUGAAGCGGAAUACUGGAGAAAAUAGCCUUCUUAAUGAAAACCAUCCACCAAACCCUAAUCCCGACGCCGACGGGAGCCACGACAAGCCCGAAAAGCAAACGGCAAUUCAUCCAACGAGGGCUGAUUACUCUGAUGAUAUUUCUGAUCCGCAUCCAAUGACCGAUGACGAACUCGUCCGCUACAAUGAACAAGUUGAGAGGAGUGCUGGCUUUGAAAUUGAUCCCAUACCUGGCGUCAAUGUAUUAAAUCUGGAAGACGCCCGCUCGGGCAUGCUAUGCUCGGAUCAAGCAAUCAGGAAAUACAACAUCAGAGUCUUCUUUUUCUGUGACAAUAUAUAA